AUGGCGGCGGCGGCGGCGGUGGCCGCGGCUCUGGGGUUCCUGCUCCUGGCCGGGGCCGGGGGCACGGCCGGCGACGAGGCCCGGGAGGCGGAGGCCGUGCGGGCGCUCGUGGCCCGGCUGCUGGGGCCCGGGCCGGCGGCCGGCUUCUCGGUGUCGGUGGAGCGCGCCCUGGCGGCCGCGUCGGGCUUGGACACCUACAGCCUGAGCGGCGGCGGCGGGGCGCGGGUGCGGGUGCGCGGCUCCACUGGCGUGGCGGCCGCCGCGGGGCUGCACCGCUAUCUGCGCGACUUCUGCGGCUGCCACGUGGCCUGGUCGGGCUCCCAGCUGCGCCUGCCGCGGCCGCUGCCCGCCGUGCCGAAGGAGCUGACCGAGGCCACGCCCAACAGGUACCGCUAUUACCAGAACGUGUGCACCCAAAGCUAUUCCUUUGUGUGGUGGGACUGGGCCCGCUGGGAGCAAGAGAUCGACUGGAUGGCGCUGAACGGCAUCAACCUGGCACUGGCCUGGAGCGGCCAGGAGGCCAUCUGGCAGCGGGUGUACCUGUCCUUGGGCCUGACCCAGUCAGAGAUCGAUGAGUACCUCACUGGCCCUGCCUUCCUGGCCUGGGGCCGCAUGGGUAACCUGCACACCUGGGGCGGCCCCCUGCCCCACUUCUGGCACCUCAAGGAGCUUUACCUGCAGCAUCGGAUCCUGGACCGGAUGCGCUCCUUCGGCAUGAUCCCAGUGUUACCUGCAUUUGCAGGGCAUGUCCCCAAGGCUAUCACCAGGGUGUUCCCUCAGGUCAAUGUCACCCAGAUGGGCAGCUGGGGACACUUCAACUGCUCCUACUCCUGCUCCUUCCUUCUGGCUCCGGGAGACCCCAUAUUUCCCCUCAUCGGGAGCCUCUUCUUACGGGAGCUGACCAAAGAGUUUGGCACAGACCACAUCUACGGGGCCGACACUUUUAACGAGAUGCAGCCUCCCUCCUCGGAGCCCUCCUACCUGGCUGCUGCCACCUCUGCUGUCUAUGAGGCCAUGACCGCAGUGGACCCUGAUGCUGUGUGGCUGCUCCAAGGCUGGCUCUUCCAGCACCAGCCCGAGUUCUGGGGGCCGGUGCAGGUCGAGGCUGUGCUGGGGGCUGUGCCCCGAGGCCGCCUCCUGGUUCUGGACCUGUUUGCGGAGAACCAGCCCGUGUACGUCCGCACAGCUUCCUUCCGGGGCCAGCCCUUCAUCUGGUGCAUGCUGCACAACUUCGGGGGCAACCAUGGCCUCUUUGGAGCCUUGGAGGCCGUGAACCGAGGUCCCAAAGCUGCCCGCCUCUUCCCCAACUCCACCAUGGUAGGCACAGGCAUGGCCCCUGAGGGCAUCAACCAGAACGAAGUGGUCUACGCCCUCAUGGCUGAGCUGGGCUGGCGGAAGGACCCAGUGCCAGAUUUGGCGGCCUGGGUGACCAGCUUUGCUGACCGGCGCUAUGGGGUCUCCCACCGGGAUGCAGAGGCAGCGUGGAGGCUGCUGCUCAGGAGUGUCUACAACUGCUCCGGGGAGGCCUGCCGGGGCCACAAUCACAGUCCUCUGGUCAAGCGGCCGUCCCUACAGAUGAAUACCACGGUCUGGUACAACCAAUCCGAUGUGUUCGAGGCCUGGCGACUACUGCUAACAACUGCCCCCACCCUGGCUGCCAGCCCAGCCUUCCGCUAUGACCUGCUGGAUGUCACUCGCCAGGCAGUCCAGGAGCUGGUCAGCCUGUACUAUGAGGAGGCGAGGACCGCCUACCUGAACAAGGAGCUGGCCCCCCUGUUGAAGGCUGGGGGUGUCCUGGCCUAUGAGCUUCUGCCUGCGCUGGAUGAAGUGCUGGCUAGUGACAGCCGCUUCUUGCUGGGCAGCUGGCUGGAGCAGGCCCGGGCAGUGGCAGUCAGUGAGACUGAGGCCGAUUUCUAUGAGCAGAACAGCCGCUACCAGCUGACCCUGUGGGGGCCGGUGGGCAACAUCCUAGACUACGCUAACAAGCAGCUGGCGGGACUGGUGGCCGACUACUACACCCCCCGCUGGCAGCUCUUCAUGCAGGCGCUGGCGGACAGCUUGGCCCAGGGCAUCCCUUUCCAACAGCGCCAGUUUGACAAGAAUGUCUUCCAGCUGGAGCAGGCCUUUGUCCUCAGCUCGCGGAGGUAUCCCAGCCAGCCUCAAGGAGACACGGUGGACCUGGCCAAAAAGAUCUUCCUCAAAUAUUACCCCCGGUGGGUAAAUGGCUCUUUGUGUUAGAUUAACCACCCCCCGGCCAUGUUCUUCCCAAGCUCCGGGUUGGGGCAGGUUCCCAGGGCCGGGACUCAUAUGCCCAGGCCUGGGAGAAGGACCCAAGGCCUGCUAGUGGGGUCAGGCCUGGGGGUUUGGAGGGAAGUUUUGGGAUUAAAGUACUGUUUUCUGUCAACUUAAUAAACUGAUGAAUCAA